UGUAUCAUCAACCUGAUAUUACCAGUCGUCCAUGUACAUUUGUAUUUAUUUUUUAUUUUGUUAAUUUAGACAUGAACAAUAAUAUACAAAAAAGUUAAAGAAAACCUCUUUGCCGACACGACUUGCUACACAAACAUAAAAUUAUGACAGUUAAGCCUCUCGUAAACGACCACCCUCGGGUCCAAGGAAAUGGGUCUCUUACAAGUGUAUACCACACGAAGCCUAAGCUCAUUAUCGGGCCUCAGGUAAAAACAAACAAUACAACAACAUAAUAUGUAAUAUUUUACUAUUUAAAAGGCUUAUAUAGAUAUUCACCUUCAUGUAAUUUACUAUUUAAAAGGCUUAUAUAGAUAUUCACCUCCAUGUAAAAUUGUGAAAUGGGAUGUUCGAUUCCUUUACCAAGGUAAAAUUCCACAGACAAAUUUUCAGAAUAACGAGACUGAGGAAGACCCACAACUACACGGUGACGAACAGCAGAGUGGAAAGACUAAAGUUAGGCUCUAACAGCUGGGAGGAUGCAGCAUUAGUGGUGAAGAACAGGAAGAAGUGGGGGAAAAUAAUUUAUAAGGCCUCAAGAGUUACAGUGAUAUGGUCGGGGUGCUUACGAAAGGUAUUAACUGCAGUGAAUGAAUUGAAAACAAAAAUUGACUUAUGUGCACGAUAAUGGUACGACCCAUAAAAUGUGUUGAUUCGUCUACGCAUGAGCGGGUGUACUAGGCAGAUUAUAGGUUGCAGGAUUGAUCGUUCACCAAUGAUGUCAAUACAUAAUUAGACGAUUUAAUUGUCCGUCCGCCAUCCAGCUCAAAUUACAUCCCUGUUGGAUAUUCAAUUCGUUUACAUAAUUUCGACCAAUCAGUGAGCGGUAUUGUCCAGUUGAAUAAGUCGUGAUAUAUUAACUACAGUAGUAGUAAACUACUAGUUAAAAUGAAGAUACACUAUCACUGAGGAAGUCAUAAAGGCCAUACGUCCAAGUUAAUCAGACACCUAUAUUGAACGGCUCUGAGCAAUCAGAACAAUUACUGUCAUCACAAAUAACGUUGUUCAUUGACGGAUCGGAGGUUUAGCCUACUCUUUUUCCACGUCUGCUCUUUCCGAGUGACUGCUCGUUAUUGUUUUAAAAGACUUAAAUCUAUGAAAUAUCGCGAGAAAAAUGGAAAAACCUUCGUUUUCUAUUGACUCACUACUUUCAAAGCAUGCAGCACCAAGGAUGCAAACUAAAACAUCGUCGCCUGCAAGUUCACCACCAAGACCAGCAGUGACCUCGCCGAUUCGGUCCCUACAGCACACACCUAGCCCACAACAAUGUCGGACAACCUCUCCACCUAGGCCCUUAACAUCCAGUAGUAUCAUCCCUAAACCUGGGUUAUUAAACCUCUCGAGUGCAUCCUCUUCUGUAUUCAGCCAGCCGGCAUUGAUGCCUGCGUUGUAUGCACAUCCAGCAUACGGACUUGUGAAUCCGCACCAUCCGAUGGCACUCAGUCCUUUCCAUGAACAUGUAAUGAAGACAGCCCAUGGUUUUCCGGCCUUUAACAUUGACUGGAUGCGAGGUGGAAUGUUUAUCCCAAGGCUGGGAGAUUUUGCAGGAAAUUCGCAGCACACACUUCUUGGCAAGUCUCGACGCCCCCGGACAGCUUUCACUAGUCAGCAACUUCUCGCACUGGAAAACCAAUUCAAGAAAAACAAAUACUUGUCACGACCAAAGAGAUUCGAAGUGGCAACGUCACUGAUGCUCACAGAAACUCAGGUGAAAAUUUGGUUCCAAAAUCGACGAAUGAAAUGGAAGAGAAGCAAAAAGGUGAACGCCACCCCAGAUGGCCAAAUUGCAAAGGAUGAACUCUUAGAAGGUGACGUCAUAGAGGACAGUUCAUCUGAAGGAGACGCUGAGAUCGGAGACGAGCAUACAGAGCAAUACGAUAUUGACAAAUCUAGCCUGUGUUACGGAGUAAAGGGGAUAAGCGCAGAGAAAAUGGCAAUAGACGCAUUUAUUGCAGGGAGAUGUCCGACUAGCACCGACAGAGAACUGAUUACGUCAUUAGAAACUGUCCGAUAAUGAUCAAUAGCCAAUUUUAUAAUGUUUCUAAUCGAUUAUUUAAAAUUGAAUACCGUCGGUACCAUUAUCAUUUCGAAAUUAUACCAUUAUCAUUUAUAAUGAACAUUUAACGCUAAGCUCAGUGUUUUAUAGGCCUAUUGAUUAUCGACUAUUGGUAUCAAUAUAUCGAUCGGUUGCUCAAUAGGUUUCUGUCAGUGAACCAAAUAUUGAUAAUUUUGUACCGACUGUUGAAUCGGUGUUUUAUAUCAAUGAAUCAACUUCUGAAUAUAUCAAUGAACUAUUUUGUUUUAUGUACUUUGUGAGCUUAUUAUCAAUAAUUAAUUAAACAGCAAAAUGUACAAAUUGAUUAGAGAAUAUCAUUAUUAUUCUUAUUUCAGCAUUAUAAAUGCAUUUUAUUAGUAUAUGCUAUGACUUAUUUAAUUCAAUUUUGUUUAUUCCAGAUAAUGCAAUAACGAACAUUUAAUAAUUUACUACAUUCCAAAUAAAUUGAUUUCAAUUUGGUUUUGACUAUUUUUUUUUUCAAAAUCUUAGCCUAUGAGGCUUCUAAAUGAAAUUUAUUCCCAGUCGCUCAGUCGACCGUGUGAUUUCAUCAAAUGAUACAUUCCGUUUGUUUUGUAAAUGCAAUAAAACACCAAAUGAUUUCAAAUAGAGAGCCAUAUUUUUUGUUGAAAAUUACAAUCUAUCAGAUUGUAUAGGACUCCUCGUCGUUAUUGUUGAUUCCAUUACAGUUGCAAUUUUAAAAAUAAUUAUAGUAUUAAUGAUAAUAAUUAUAACGUAGCAAUCUUAAUCAAAAGUGGCAUUUGGUUUGGAAUUUGUAAAUACGUUAUUUAUUUUACGGUGCCAGUUGUUUGCUAAACUAUAAAACCAAAGAUUGAUUAAAUAAUACCAAAACUAAACUAUAACGCCAAAGAUGACAUAUAUCACUUGACCUAAACUUAUAAUAAUUUACUGCCUCCAACAACCAUGAAACAUGUUCAAUCAGUUGAUAACGACCAAAAUGAUUUAAUAUAUCUCUACUUCCUUAAUAAGCACAUGCAUAUUGUCUCUCAAAUGAUAAAUUGUUUAUUUUCUUUGAUGGCAUUUGUGACUUCGUGACUUCAUUGAUAACUAAGUGAGUUUUUACAGACAGCCUGUCUGCGUAAAUAAACUUUAAAACUAUACAGAAUUGAAUACUGUAUUUGAAUUGCUUAAUUUACAUGUUUAAUUAGUUUUCAAUCAAAAUUUACCGGAAUAUUUCUUCUCAUCAACUUUACAGAUAAAUUAUCAUUUCCAUAUUUUUUGCAUUAUUAUACCCUUUUAUUUUCGUGAUUUUUAUGAUUUUUAUAGUGAAAUCAUGGAAACUUAACUGAUUUAAUCUUUUAUAAUCGAAUAUUUUUUUUAUUAUUAUUUUUAAAAAUAUCUCCAGAUUUGUACUACAGAAAAUUAGGCCCACUGAUAUACAUUUUUAAUGAAAUUGUGCAUUUUCUGUACGAGCUUGCCAAAUAUGUACAUAAGGUGUAUAUAUUAUACAGUUAUAUAAUGUCAGAAAUUGUUAAAAUGGUGCCAAGAUUGAUCAAUGAUGUUAUUGUAAUAUAUUGUAAUUGUUUAAUUUAAUUAUUUUGUAUUUUUGUUUUCUAAAAUAUUCAAUAAACUAUUGUUAAACUUGA